UUCAAAAUCUGAAAGGAGAGGCAGCAGGAUGCAGAAGGCAUUUUAGCCGUACUGAACCAGAACAAACCGUUUUGACAACGAAAUAAAAAAUUAAAGUAGGCCAACCGUGACACGCAACCCCAAAACAAGAAGUUUAAUCAUCAAGUUUCGUUAUGUUUUUUUAUUUAGAAAAAAUACCAAAGACGGAAGGUUGUUGGGAAACUUUGUAGCGGGCUCCCUAAAACACGACCAGAGAGGAGGAAUAGGCAUCCUCCGAGUCAGUGGAGUUGCUGUGGGGCAGGGUGCUGUCCUAUGGGAUGGAUGCCGGCCAGCAGGAUCAGUACGAGGAGCGUCUGAAGGAGGUAUUUGAGACUUUCGACACCAGUGGAGCCGGGUUGCUGUGCCCCGAGGAGCUAUCCAGCCUGUGCCAGGCCCUGCACCUGGAGGAUGCCACCCCAACACUGCUACAUGCCCUGCUGCAGAACCAGGACCCACUCACUGACAGGGUUGAUUUUGACCAGUUCAAGAAUGCUUUAAUUCUGGUGUUGUCAACGACGACAGCAGUAGCAACGUCCAGUCAGGACACAACAUGUGCACCGCCACAGCCGGACUCACCAGUCCAAGCUAAGUUUGUGCGGGGUAGUAAACGCUAUGGCCGGCGCUCUACACCAGAGUUCAUCGAGACCAUCGCAGACUUCUCAGAGGUGGUGAGCUCAGAGGCUACAGGGCAGCAGGAGCCAGAGGACCAUGACUCCACCGUACCGAGGAAAUGUGAGCGCUGGAACGCUCAUGAAAGCAGUACGGAUGAGUACGAGGCAGAUGGCCAGCUGCACCUGUGGAACCCUGAUGACCCCUCCACCCCGCGAGGCUCCACAGUGCCCCUGUCAGAUCGCCUGGAGGAGAGGUUACGACAGGCCUGUGAGGAGCUGGCUAUACCCUGGGAUGGAUGUGCCAGCCACCAUGAGCUACUGGCUCUCUGUGACCACCUGGGCCUGGAGGAGACGGAGGAUGUCCUCCAGGUUCUAAGUGGUGAUGAGGUCAUAAGCGUUCAGGCGUUUACUUCCUGGGUUCUGAACCAUGCCAAGCCCCCCACCCCGUCUGCCUCCACACCUUACAGACAGCUCAAAAGACUACACUCCUCACAGCCGUUUGAUGAGACGGGCCGUAGGACAAGCUGUAUGACCAGCUCCAUCAGGAUGUGUCUGUUCUCCACUCUGGACGAUGGGACAGGGUCCACUCCUGCCGAGGAUGUCCUGGAUGCCUGGAUGGAGGAAGGCAUCGAGAACAGCCCUGAGAUACUGCAGGCCUUGGAUUUUGACCUGGAGGGAAAAGUGAACCUCAGGGAGCUGACUGUGGCUCUGGAGAACGAGCUCCUCGUCACUAAGAAUGGGAUUCACCAGGCUGCACUGGCCAGCUUUAAGGCUGAGAUCAGAUACCUACUCGAGCGUGUUGAUCAUGAACGCAGAGAGAAAGAGAAGAUUCGCUCUGACCUGGACAAAGCCGACAAGUUAAAAACCCAACUGGCUGCCGAGGUGGACGAGCAUCACUCUGCCAUCGAACGCAUGAAUGACCUCAACCUCAGGAAGCUGGAGCAGGAACACAGGGAGAAGCUGGUGUCUGUCAGGUCAGAGCUCAUUAUAGAGAUGGACCAGAUUCAGCAGCAGAAAGAGAAACUGGAGGCAGAGAUGGAGAAGAUCAGAGACGACGAGACCUUCCUCAGAGACCACCUCUCACUUACUGUCAAGGAAAGUAGGUGUCUGGAGAUGGAGCUGCUGGUCAGCACUGAGAAACUGUUGGCGGCAGAAAGCCAAGUCCGCGAACUGCAGAAUAACCUGGAUAACAUCCUGCACGAGAAGUUUGGGGACCUGGACCCGGGCAGUGCAGAGUUCUUCCUACAGGAGGAGCGUCUCGGACGGCUCCGCAGCAGCUAUGAAGAACAGUGCCGGGAGCUACAGGAUCGUAUUGACGAGCUUCAAGCAGAACUGCAGGAGUACCACAACUUGGGUCGAACCUCUCAGCCCUGUCUCAAACCCUCGCUCUCCGAGGAGCUGGGGAGUACGAGUCCUGGCAUGGAGUCAGACCCAGGCCUUGGCUUGGAGGAGGGCCAGCCAUUGUUCAACAUGAGUCUGGAGGCAGAGAUGAUGCUGGAGAGGCUGAAAGAGAAGCACCUCCAAGAGAUGGAGGAGCUACAGGCUCAGCUGGAGAGCAAGGUGAGUGAAUUUGACCAGAAGGUGGAGGAGCAGAAGACUGACCUGGAGACCCAGAAGGCAGCCUUGUCUCUGCACUACAUGGAGGAGAUCCAGGCUCUACACAGCGAGAUGUCCAGCAGCCAGAACAGAGUCCUGGAGCUCCAGGCCCAGCUAGAGCAGGCAGAGGAGGAGCGGGCUGGCUUGGAGCAGAGGCAGGCUGGGGAGAUGGAAGAGCUGGAGCAACAGCAAGAGGAGGAAGUGAGCAGCCUGGAGCAGCAGCUCCUAGAGGCCCGCACCCAGGCUGCCUCCCUGAGGGAGCAGCUCCUGGUGUCCCGCACCCAGGCUGCCUCCCUGGAGGAGCAGCUCCUGGAGUCCCGCACCCAGGCUGCCUCCCUGGGGGAGCAGCUCCUGGAGUCCCGCACCCAGGCUGCCUCCCUGGGGGAGCAGCUCCUGGAGGCCCGCACCCAGGCUGCCUCCCUGGGGGAGCAGCUCCUGGUGUCCCGCACCCAGGCUGCCUCCCUGGAGGAGCAGCUCCUGGAGUCCCGCACCCAGGCUGCCUCCCUGGGGGAGCAGCUCCUGGAGUCCCGCACCCAGGCUGCCUCCCUGGGGGAGCAGCUCCUGGAGGCCCGCACCCAGGCUGCCUCCCUGGGGGAGCAGCUCCUGGAGGCCCGCACCCAGGCUGCCUCCCUGGGGGAGCAGCUCCUGGAGGCCCGCACCCAGGCUGCCUCCCUGGAGGAGCAGCUCCAAGAGGCCCGCACCCAGGCUGCCUCCCUGGGGGAGCAGCUCCUAGAGGCCCGCACCCAGGCUGCCUCCCUGGGGGAGCAGCUCCUAGAGGCCCGCACCCAGGCUGCCUCCCUGGGGGAGCAGCUCCGAGAGUCCCACACCCAGGCUGCCUCCUUGGAGGAGCAGCUCCUAGAGGCCCAACAGGCGAAAGGUGAGUUGGGCCUGGACACAGAGAUGCAGGAGCUAAGGAAACUACAUGCCGCGGAACUCAACAAGCUUGACGAGGAGCACAAAGAAAUCCUUUUGACCAGGAUGGAAGUAGAGCGUGGGAAGUUACAGGAGGAGAGGGCGGAGGUGGAGAUGAGACUAUUGGAGGAGUGGGAGAGGGAGAAGCUGGAGUUGCAGCAGAGCCAUGAGGAGACAGUGAAGGCUGGGAUAGAGGAGGUGGAGAUGAGACUCAUGGAGGAGUGGGAGAGGGAGAAGGCUCAGUUGAACAAGCAGAGUAAUGAGUCGCUGCAGACCAUGUUAGAGGAGGCGAUGUUACGACUAGUCAAGGAGCAGCAGAACAGGGAAGCCAGGCUCACUGAGCAGUGGGAGCUGGAACGAGCUCGGCUUCAGCAGUGUCGUGAGGCGGCUCUCCUCACCAGGUUAGCCGAGGAGCGCCUGAAGCAGCAAGAGGAGACUGAGAGGAGGCUGAGGGAGGACUGGGACAGGGAGAGACUCCAGCUGGAGGAGGAAUAUGAGGGGGUGUUUCGGGAGCGACUGCAGGAGGAGAGGCAGAGCCUAACGGAGGCCCACAGACGGGCCAUGCAGGAACUGAGUGCCAAACACCAUGAGGAGAAGGAACAGUUCAGCAGUCUACUGGAUAAACUGCGGGAGGACAUCGCUGAGGAGAGGUGUGAGGUGGGUCGCCUAGUAGAGGAGAACCUUUUACUCACACAGAAGAUGUCAACGCCGAAGGAAGAGUACCUGAAAGACAGCCAGAAGGAGAUGCUCUUCAAACUGGAGCAUUUCAGGAAGGAGAAGAUUUCUGCGCAAAAGAAGGCAGAGAGUUUCAAGAGACAGAUCUCAGUGCUUUGUCUCCGCAGUCAGCAGCUGGAGGAUGAGAACGGGCUGCUGUCGGAGAAGAACACCCAGAAUGCAGCAGGAGUGGAGGGGUUGAGCCAGCAGCUGGGGGAACUGCUCAGACAUUGUGAGAGACAGGAAGCUGUCAGAGACCAGCAACGUACUGUACCGGAGGAUGAGAGGAUGAAGAUGGCAGUGUGUGUGUCUGCCCUGGAGGCGGAGCUAACCAACGCUGUGGAAGGGACUGUACUACUAGAGGAGGGCAAGGCCCAGCUGGUGCUACAACUCAAUACCCUCAGAGAUAAGGUAGCUAAGAUGGGGGCUGUAGAGUGCCGGUUCUCCUCCCUCCUGCAGGAACGCAAGGCUUUGGAAAAACAAACCCGGGGAUUACGUAACCAGCUAGCCAAGUCUCAGGAGAGGAACCAGGUGUUGGAGGAAAGCCUGCAGUCUGACCCCCAAAGCGCCCGUCUCAAGUCAGACCUCCGCUUGUCACAGCAAGAGAAGGACGCCCUCAAACAGGAAGUGAUGUCACUGCACAAAAAGCUGCAGAGCGGCAACGACAAGAACCAGGUUCUGGAGAUGGCCUUGCACUCCAGCGGAUACCAGAGCCAGCAAAAGAAGCUGUACCAGGAUGAGCUGGCCAGGCUGGUGGAACAGGAACAGCAGCAGCUGAGGCAGGAGAACGAGAGGCUGACCAUGGAGCUCCACCACACCAGGGAAAAGCUGGAGGCAGCCAUCUUAACCGUGAAGCAGCAGAAACAGCAGGGCCAGUCCAGCGUGGGGAAGACUGUGGAACAGGAGAAGACUGCUCUGAAGAGAGAGCUGGACGUGAUGCAUCAGGAGCUACUCUCUGCUCAGAACAAGGUGUGUGAGGUUCAGCGAGAGCUGGACAGUCUACGUCAGGAGAAUGAAGGGCUGUCACAACAGGCUCCACUACAGGCCUGGCUUCUGGAGGCCCAGCUGGGUGGUCUGCUGCCCCCCUCCCCUCGCAGGAUGCCUGGUGAGAGGAGAGGACAACACUGCGAGAACGACCACAACCCAGAGAACAUACAGGGUGCUGCAAUGCCAGAACAGAGGGCCGCUCAUGCCGACAGCUACCGGAGGAUCGGUGGAUUGACUGACAGCAGCUUGGCUGUUUCAAAUCCCCUAGUCUGGUUUCCUUUACUUUCCAUCUGUCCUCCUCACCUAACCCCAGCCCAACCUGAUUCACUCCCUCCUCACCUAACCCCAGCCCAACCUGAUUCUCCAUGACUCAUCUCCCCUUAAUUCCCCUUACCUGGUCGUUUCUAACUCCUUCCAAACCUGUCCUCACCUAACCCCAGCCCAACCUGAUUCUCCAUGACUCAUCUCCCCUUAAUUCCCCUUACCUGGUUGUUUCUAACUCCCUCCACCUGUCCUCACCUAACCCCAGCCCAACCUGAUUCUCCAUGACUCAUCUCUCCUUAAUUCCCCUUACCUGGUCGUUUCUAACUCCCUCCUCACCUAACCCCAGCCCAACCUGAUUCACUCCCUCCUCACCUAACUCCAGCCCAACCUGAUCCUCCAUUAAUUCUCUGAAUUUCCCCAUAUCCCACUUUGUUUGUUACUCUGCCUUCCGUCCUUAUAGGUGAUGACCAGUGAUCUGAAUGGGGUGUUAGGUACAGCUCAGUGUAAGGGUGUGUAAUGAGUGUAUGCAUCCACUAGGUGGCGUAUGAGAGUAAAACAGGCUCGUCUUUUGUUAUUUUCCUCAAAUCAAAGUGCUUUCUUAAGCUCUUAACAGUAGGUGAACUGUUGAGUCAAACAAAGGUUCAUGAAAUAUGCUCUGAUUGCAGUAGAUUCCUUGUACCAACAAUGUUGAUUUUUUUUAUUUUUGUUUAUCUUUGUCACAUAAUAUUUUAAUAAACUUUUGUUGGUGGACAUGCUCACCUCUCACUACAGGUACGGGUAUAUCUGAAAGUAUUGUGGUUUAUUGUAAACUGGACCUGUUUAUUACCAACGGUAUUGAACUCGAAAGGACCAACAACAGUUUUGAUUGUAAAACAAAUGUACAUAUUUUUUCAUGAUAUUUAUCAGAGCGCUUUGAUUCAUGUAGCAACCAUGUUAGUAUUGUCACUAUGGUUCUUCGGGAUCGUUGAUAGUCCAGACUGAACUCAGAAUAAUAAGAUCCAGGUGCUAUCAGGGUCUUCUAGAUAAUGUCAAACCACAGUUUUAUUCUCUAUUGCUCUGUGUGCUUCGGUUUCGUUCAUUUUUAUUUAAAUUCGCGUAUUGUAUUUCAGUUUUUGUAGAAUUAUUGUUUUUUUUUAACGUUUCUGGAUCAACAAGUUGGAAAAUAGAAUUUAAUAUUUAUUAAUUUGUUUUUAUCAAUUUUAUUUAGCUGUGAUGUCACUUUUUCAAUAAAUGCACUACGAUGUAUUUCACUGGAAAGAAUCAAGAGAAAUAAAGCAUUUAGUUUUCGAAGUUUUGUGUUCCGUGGCGUUAUAUCACAUGUUCUGACGGUUUCCUCUCUGAUUGUCCUGUUGAAAAAUCUUAGCUAUUGUAAGAAUAUAUUACCACAUAGGUGUAGAAAACGGAUUGUUCUUCUAUUUGCCAGCUAUGAGCAAGAAGCCGUACUUUGUAGGUACUAAAUGGCACGGGUGUUAGGCCGGAGAGGAAGUGCAGAGCCAGCAAACCGUGCCAAUAUAUCCGCCAAACACUGGCUUC